CGUCUGCGAAGGGAGUACAGAGAUUACAUUCUCAAUCAAAGCCAUUAAAAAUUGACAAUUUUGAAUCGAUGUGACGAUACCGGAUGAUUUGAACCUGGAAUGGAUUUAGAGGAGGCUUUCCAGGUGGUUGGAGAAUUCGGUCGGCACCAGAAGCGGAUGGUGACCAUCCUUGUUUUUCUACAGAUUUACAUGGCAUUUCAGUCCAUGCUGAUCAUUUUAGUGAGUGCUGUACCAGAAUAUCAUGUAGGACCUGUUACUGGAGGAGAAGGUGCUACUGAUGAUAUAACUCAGAGUAUCACAUUCUCAGAGGAUGUCAGUUCAAUCGUGACUGAGUGGUACCUGGUUAAACAGCAAGCUUAUAAGGUGAACUUGGCAGGAUCCCUCUUCUUUGCUGGUGUGCUGAUAGGAAAUGUCCUUUUUGGACCACUAUCUGAUAAAAUUGGGAGGAAGCCAGUUUUUCUAACUGGUCUCUUUUUUGAGGUUUUGUUUGGAUACGGCACUGCUUUAGCCCCGAGUUAUGAGAUGUUUGCAGUGUCCCGGCUGCUGGUGGGGGUUAUGAAUGGAGGGAUGGCAUUGGUCUGCUUUGUCCUCACUCAGGAAUAUGUGGGAAAGUCCUACUGGGCUAUGACAGGGACCUUGACUAACAUGAACUUUGCAGUGGGCAUCGCUCUGUUCGCAGCAUUAGGUUAUUAUGUCCGGCCGUGGCGGAACCUAGCAACUGCAGCCAACUCUCCUGGACUUUUGCUCUUCCUGCUCUGUGUGAAUCUGCCAGAAUCUCCACGCUGGCUGUAUUCUCAGGGUCUUACGGAGCAGGCCGAGGACAUCCUUCAGGAUUUUGCUGUGAGGAAUGGGAAAGGUAGAAUUCCAGUUAAGCUCCGCUGUCCUGUCAGUGCCAGCAUCCCGAAUGCACCCAGCCCGGGGGUUUUACAGCUAUUCACACAUCCCAUACUGCGCUGGAGAACUGUGGUGCUCAUGUAUGUCUGGUAUUCCUGUAGCCUUGUGUAUUAUGGGUUGACCCUUAAUGCCAGUGAAGACAAAGGUAAUCGUUACCUUAAUGUUGCCAUGUAUGGCCUGGUGGAACUUCCUGCAUACCCUCUCUGCAUGUACUUCAUUAACAAACAGUGGGCAGGGAGGCGGAAGUCAAUGGCCAAUUUUCUUGCCUUUGCAGGCUUGUCGUGCCUGCUUACAAUGUUUCUACCUGAAUCAGGUUCCAUAUUGAGUGCUACGUCACUGGCCCUAGUGGGAAAAUUGAUGGUCAGUGCUGCAUUUAAUAUUGUAUAUGUGUAUACUUCAGAGCUCUACCCAACCGUUAUAAGGAAUGCCGGCUUGGGUGUGUGUUCCAUGUCCUGUAGAAUAGGAGGGAUUCUGGCUCCAUUUGUGCCCACUUUGAAAUCAUUGCACACCUCCAUGCCGUUUAUGGUGUUUUUUUUGAGCGGGAUUUCUGCAGGCUGCCUGGGACUCCUCUUACCGGAAACGCUUAAUAAACGUUCUGCUGAAACACUUGAUGAACUUUCCAGCCCCACCUAUCAGAGAAUCUUAGAGCCGCAGGUUCACCUUUUGGAGGAGAAGCAUUUAUCUGACCACAAUGGAGCUGAUAGUGAUUGAGACUUGGACAUUGAAGAAAUUUUGUUACAGACAUUCCAGUUUACUGAUGUUUCUGACCACAAAUGACCAGUGUCAGAAUAUUGUGCCAUAUACAGACUCUCUUAUGGACUUAUGGUGCCUUCCAAAAGAAAUGCACUCAAAGGAUCAAUUGGAAAGGAGCAACGUUUUCUAUAAUAUAUAUAUAUAGAUAGAUAGAUAGAUACAGGAAAAGGGACCAGAUCUCACAGUGACGGCUCUAAUAAUUUCAUGUUUACUGCCGUUGGUGUCUUGCAUUGUUGUUUGAAUCUGUUGCAUAUAUUUAUGUGAAUUGUGACAACAAUACAUUUACUUGUAUAUAUUUGUAAGCAUUCAGUUAAUAGUCAAUGAUGGAUACAAACACAAUUUUCAGUGGUAGGAUCUUUGUUAGAGCUAAAGAUGGUUUUAGGCUGUUUCAAAAGAAUAGUUCACCCAAAAAUUUACUCACCCUCAUGCCAUCCCAGAUGUGUAUGACUUAAUUUCUUCUGCUGAAAACAAAAGAAGAUUUUUUAGAAGAAUAUCUCAGCUCUGUAGGUCCAUACAAUGCAAGUGAAUGGUCACCAGAAUUUUUAAGGUCCAAAAAAGCAUAUAAAAGAAGCAUAAAUGUAAUCCAUAAGACUCCAGUGGUUUAAUCCAUGUCUUCUGAAGUGCUCCAGUUGUUUUUUGGUGAGAACAGGCCAUAAUAUAACACAUUUUUCACUGUACAUAUUGCCCUUGCAGUCUCUAUGUACAAUCAUGAUUUUAAACUUGAUAACACUUUCUAACGCUUGAUGCAUACAAAGAGCACUAGAUGGCACUAGGAAGUGUUAGCGAGCUUGAACUCAUGAUUGCCAAACAGACUGCUGAUGUCAAGAUCUAUAGUGAAAAAGGAGUUAUAUUUUGGUCUCACCUAAAACAAUUGAAUUGCUUCAGAAAACAUGGAUCAAAACAUAACAAAUCUUAUGGAUUACUUUUAUGUGCUUUUUGGAGCUGUCCAACAUUCACUUGCAUUGUAUGGACCUACAGAGCUGAGAUAUUCUUCUAAAAAUCUUUGUUUGUGUUUUGCAGAAGAAAGUCAGUCAUACAAAUCUGGGAUGGCAUGGGGAUGUGUAAAUAAUGAGAGAACUUUCAAUUUUGGGUGAACUAUUCCUUUAAGAGGCCAGUAUUUUCUCCAAAGGAAGAAAUUAAGCUUACAAGUGUAUAUUUCUGUACAACCCUCAACAUGCCCAUUUGUUUUUAGCUCCUGAAUUAAAGGAAGCGCUUUUAAAUAAACAAAUGACUCAAGUAUAAUAAUGAGCAUGACCGUAUUUAAACAUUUCCUGCCUGUGGCCAAUAGAUGGCGCCAUGUUGUAGGCCACCUUCCCUGACCUUAGGGCACCUUUGACCCGUCUUCUCGUCUUCAGGUUGAUGAUGUCAGCAUUGACGCAGGUGAACCGUGCUUAGGUACACCACAGGAUUCGGGAGCUGGAAACCUCAGAGAAGCCGACACAGAACUUAAAACCGCAAACCUGUUUUAUUUUGUUUCCGUCUCUCUUUCCUUGCUAUAAUGGCAGCCUGUGGCGCUGCAUGGAACUGACGGAACAGGUCGAGAGAGAGCAGGCAGUAACUAAUAACUGUUUGCAUUCUUAAACGCUUAUGUUUUCCUGCAGGGCCUGGCGGGUGUUCUAUCACACUGUACAGAGAGAAAAAACAGCAGGUAGAGAAGGUGUGGUCUCGUGACUGCAUCACCUUUAACUAGACCCUGCGUUGAACUUAAAAAAAUAAAUAAAAGUGUCUGAUUAUGUCUGUCUCAGAAAUUAAAGAAAUUAUAUGUUUUGCAUUCUGCUAAGGUCACC